UCUUGGCUCGCGGGCCGGCGCGCGGGGCCGCAGCACCUGCGGGGGCCGGCGCUGGGCGCGGCGCCCGGCGGGCGGACGUUGACGCCGGGAGGCUAGGGCGGGCCCGCGACGUGGGGGUGGCCGCGGAACCGGAGGGGACGCCAGCCCGCAGCCCCCUUCCCAGGGGGACGGGGCGGAAGGAGCCGGGCGGGGGGGGCGGUGUGAGCGGGCGCCGAGGGCAGCACCAUCUGGAGGGGUGGGACCGCGCGGCCUCUUGGGGGCAGGCGAGUGCGCUGGGCAGUGCGGGCUGGGGGCCCCGGGCGGGGGGCGCAAGAGGAGCGCGGUGGGCUGAGCCCGGCGCUGCCGGAGCAGCAGCCACAGCGGGUCGGGGUUCUCAGCUGGGGCCCGCAGCAGCUCCGCGGGCUGAAGCUCGGCGUGGAGGAGCAGGGGGGCGUGGGUCCGGCCGUGCAGGAGGAGGGCGGGGUGGGCCCGGGGGUGCAGGAGCGGGGCGGCCGUGGCCACGAGCCCAGCCUGGGGGUGGUGUGGGGUCUGCCGGACGGCGCGGACUGGAGGCGCCCACCGCGGUGGACGGGCUCGGCGGGCUGGCCUGUGGUGCAGGAGGAGGGGCUGGGGCCCCGCAAGCAGCACCAGGAGAAGGGGGGAGGCAGCCCCGCAGUGCAGGAGCGUGGGGAGGCCCGCGCCGGGGUGCAGGAGCAGGGGGAGGGGAGCCCACGCAGGCUGCUGCAGCGGUCCGAGCCGCUCUCCGAGUUCGGGGAGCGCGGGGAGGGGCUUGAAAGUUCCGGGGAGCAGGGGGGGCAGUACUGGGAGAGCUGUGGGCACCUCAGGCGGGAGGCGGUGGUCCUGGGAGCGGCCCCAGCACGCCGGGAGAGACUCGAGCUAGCGGGGAGGGCCCGGCCUGUGGGGCCCCAGGGGCCUGAGGGGGAGGGGCGCCUGGGGGUGCAGGAAGCAAAUUGGCUUCCUGGGGUGCAGGAAGGACAGGUGGUGCGGGCUGUCCAGGAGACAUACCUGGACGAGAAGGGGUCCCAGGAGGCAGAGGGGCCCCCUGAGGGGCACAGGAUCCGGAGGCGCCGGCGGAGGAGGAGGUGGUAACCGGCAGGCCGGCUGCCCGGCACAAGGAUCGCUCCAGGGCCGAGCCUGGACCUCGUGGAAACUGUCUGCAGGGAGGCAGCAGAAGGCAGCAGAGGCUGGGGGGCAGCAGCAUGCAGCCGGAGGAGGGCACGGGCUGGCUGUUGGAGCUACUGUCCGAGGUGCAGCUGCAACAGUACUUCCUGCGGCUCCGUGAUGACCUCAACGUGACCCGCCUGUCCCACUUUGAGUAUGUCAAGAAUGAGGACCUGGAGAAGAUUGGCAUGGGCCGGCCCGGCCAGCGGCGGUUGUGGGAGGCGGUGAAGAGGAGAAAGGCCAUGUGCAAACGCAAGUCUUGGAUGAGCAAGGUGUUCAGUGGAAAGCGAUUGGAGGCUGAGUUCCCCCCUCAUCACUCUCAGAGCACCUUCCGGAAGACCUCACCCACCCCAGGGGGCCCAGCCGGGGAGGGGCCCCUGCAGAGCCUCACCUGCCUCAUUGGGGAGAAGGACCUGCAUCUAUUCGAGAAGCUAGGAGAUGGCUCCUUUGGCGUGGUGCGCAGGGGCGAGUGGGAUGCCCCCUCGGGGAAGACGGUGAGUGUGGCUGUGAAGUGCCUGAAGCCUGACGUGCUGAGCCAGCCCGAGGCCAUGGACGACUUCAUCCGGGAAGUUAACGCCAUGCACUCGCUCGACCAUCGCAACCUCAUUCGCCUCUAUGGUGUGGUGCUCACGCCGCCCAUGAAGAUGGUGACAGAGCUGGCGCCGCUUGGAUCGCUGUUGGAUCGGCUGCGAAAGCACCAGGGCCACUUCCUCCUGGGUACUCUGAGCCGCUAUGCUGUGCAGGUGGCUGAGGGCAUGGGCUACCUGGAGUCCAAGCGCUUUAUUCACCGUGAUCUGGCUGCCCGAAAUCUGCUGUUGGCCACCCGUGACCUGGUCAAGAUUGGGGACUUCGGGUUGAUGCGUGCGCUACCCCAGAAUGACGACCACUAUGUCAUGCAAGAGCAUCGCAAGGUGCCCUUUGCCUGGUGUGCUCCUGAGAGCCUGAAGACACGCACCUUCUCCCAUGCCAGUGACACCUGGAUGUUUGGGGUCACACUGUGGGAGAUGUUCACCUAUGGCCAGGAGCCCUGGAUUGGCCUCAAUGGCAGUCAGAUUCUGCAUAAGAUUGACAAGGAGGGAGAGCGUCUGCCGAGGCCGGAGGACUGCCCCCAGGAUGUCUACAACGUCAUGGUGCAGUGCUGGGCCCACAAGCCAGAGGACAGGCCCACCUUUGUGGCCCUGCGGGACUUCCUGCUGGAGGCCCAGCCCACGGACAUGCGGGCCCUUCAGGACUUUGAGGAACCAGACAAGCUGCACAUCCAGAUGAACGACGUCAUCACCGUCAUCGAGGGAAGGGCUGAGAAUUACUGGUGGCGUGGGCAGAACACGCGGACGCUGUGUGUGGGGCCUUUCCCGCGCAACGUGGUGACCUCUGUGGCUGGCCUGUCGGCCCAGGACAUCAGUCAACCCCUGCAGAAUAGCUUCAUCCACACGGGACAUGGCGACAGUGACCCCCGCCACUGCUGGGGUUUCCCCGACAAGAUCGACGAACUGUACCUGGGAAACCCCAUGGACCCCCCUGACCUGCUGAGCGUGGAACUGAGCACCUCCCGACCCACCCAGCAUCUAGGAAGGGUGAAAACCAAAACCACCCCACGGGCUGCACGCCGGCCAGGGGCCUCAUCCAUCUCCCGGAUCCUGUGCCUGUCGUUCCGGAACACGGUUCCCCCCAUCCUGCCGCCCUACUGCUUCCCCUUGCUGUUGGGGGAGCCUCCACCUCGCCCGCCUCAGCCUGCCAUCUUCGCUCAGAAGCCAACCUACGACCCCGUGAGUGAGGACCAGGACCCCUUGUCCAGCGACUUCAAGAGGCUGGGCCUCCGGAAACCAGCCCUGACCCGUGGGCUGUGGCUAGCAAAGCCCUCGGCUCGGGUGCCAGGCACCAAGGCGGGUCGUGGCGGCGGGGGCGAGGUCACGCUCAUUGACUUUGGCGAGGAGCCUGUCGUGCCCGCCCCACGGCCCUGCGCACCCUCGCUGGCGCAGCUGGCCAUGGACGCCUGCUCCUUACUGGACAAGACCCCGCCGCAGAGCCCCACGCGGGCCCUGCCCCGGCCCCUGCACCCCACGCCUGUGGUGGACUGGGAUGCACGCCCGCUGCCCCCGCCUCCUGCCUAUGACGAUGUGGCCCAGGAUGAGGAGGACUUUGAGGUCUGCUCCAUCAACAGCACCCUGGUGGGUGCCGGGGUCUGUGCUGGGCCCAGCCAGGGUGAAACCAAUUACGCCUUUGUGCCUGAGCAGGCACAGCUGCUUCCUCCCCUGGAGGACAAUCUGUUCCUCCCACCCCAGGGUGGGGGCAAGCCGCCCAGCUCAGCCCAGACCGCAGAGAUCUUCCAGGCGCUGCAGCAGGAGUGCAUGCGGCAGCUGCAGGUCCCGGCGGGCUCCCUGGGCCCUUCUCCUGGCCCGGCCCCGGCGGGUGAGGACAAGCCCCAGGUGCCCCCCCGCGUGCCCAUCCCACCGAGGCCCACUCGCCCCCGUGGCGAGCUGUCUCCGGCCCCCUCAGGGGAGGAGGAGGUAGGGCGGUGGCCUGGACCUGCCUCCCCUCCCCGGGUGCCUCCCCGAGAGCCCCUGUCCCCUCAAGGCUCAAGGACCCCUAGCCCCCUGGUACCACCCGGAAGCUCCCCACUGCCACCCCGGCUCUCCAGCUCACCGGGGAAGACCAUGCCCACCACCCAGAGCUUCGCCUCCGACCCCAAGUAUGCCACGCCCCAAGUGAUCCAGGCGCCCGGCCCUCGGGCUGGUCCCUGCAUCCUCCCCAUUGUCCGUGACGGCAAGAAGGUCAGCAACACCCACUACUACCUGCUGCCCGAGCGCCCACCCUACCUGGACCGCUAUCAGCGCUUCCUGAGUGAGGCCCAGAGCCCUGAAGAGCCAGCCCCCCUACCUGUGCCCCUGCUGCUGCCCCCGCCCAGCACCCCAGCCCCUGCCGCCCCCACGGCCACUGUCCGACCAAUGCCCCAGGCCGCCCCAGACCCCAAGGCCAACUUCUCCGCCAACAACAGCAACCCAGGGGCCCGGCCACCAGCCCUGAGGGCCACGGCGCGGCUGCCACAGAGGGGCUGCCCUGGGGACGGGCCAGAGGCUGGACGGCCGGCAGACAAGAUCCAGAUGCUGCAGGCCAUGGUGCAUGGGGUGACCACAGAGGAGUGCCAGGCGGCCCUGCAGAGCCACAGCUGGAGCGUGCAGCGGGCUGCCCAGUAUCUGAAGGUGGAGCAGCUCUUCGGGUUGGGUCUGCGGCCGAGAAGUGAGUGCCACAAAGUGCUGGAGAUGUGCGACUGGAACCUGGAGCAAGCUGGCUGCCACCUCCUGGGCUCCUGCGGCCCUGCCCACCACAAGCGCUGAGAUGUCUGGAGAGCCAGAGGGUCUGCCUUGAAGGAAUCACUUGAGCCUGUCCAUCUGACAAGGGCAGGGAGACACCCCACCCGGGCCUGGAGGACCUGCUGCCACUCGCUGUGCGUGGUGGCCGAGCAAGGCCAAGGCAGCAGGAGACUGGGAGCCCUGCCUUGCCAUCCCUCCCUCACCCAGUGCUGUCCCUGCAGCUUUGGAUCAGCCCUUGGUGCCCUCAGCCAAGGGACGGGAAGAAAUCCUGUGAAGGCAGGCCUGGUGGUGGCCCCAGCAGGCCCUGCAGGGACUGCAGCCUGCCUCGGACUCCAGCCCCUGGUGUGGGGCCUGUGGCCGGAGCGUGUCCGCAGGCUCUGCCCGCAGGGAAGCCAGGCUUGACCCGUGCAGGGAGGUUGUGUUGGCCGCACAGAAAGGCGGACCAGCACCCGGCAGGCCCUCCCCAGGGGAGGGCCCUUCUCCAGGGAUCCCCUGGUGGGCCGUUGGGGUGUCGGAGAAAAUGUGACUUGUGACCUCACUGUGGAUACGUUCGUUCUGGGACUUGGCUGGUCUUAGGAUCUUGUGCCUGGAAAUAGCCCUAAGUGGCUCAGGAAGCAGAGCAUGGGUGCCAGAUUGUUCUGUGGCAGGGACCAGGGCCCAAGGCCCCAGGGUUGGCAGGAGACCAAGGGGGGCAGCUGCCCUGGAGGGACACCAGAGCUUCCUCUCUGACCCAGCCCCUCUCCUGUGCUGUUCCGUGUUUUCCUGCCAGCCUCUGCCGCCAAAGUUGCUGCCCCAGCUGUGGCUCCCUGCUUCUUCCAGAGAAAUAAAGCUCGUUUCUAUUUUAUGUUA